AUGAACAUCCCAGUCCCCCAAAACCAGGCAGAGAUGCCAAAGUCUCAAGACAUUCAUCUUGAUAUGUCAUUUUCUGUAGACAAAGCACGAUACAGAAAGCCGUUACCUCUACCAUAUUCUGUCCAGAUAUCCAACAAUAACUACCUUGAUAACACCAGACCAUCUACUUACUCUACGUCUAACAACAGUCGGGCCAAUGUUAUGUCUUCGCCGAUAUCUGUCAAUAUGGCAGGCAGCAGUAUUUCCUUGCAAGGCUCGACAAUUAUAUUUCCUCUUCAGACUCACAACAGUACAAAAGAACAUCAACAAUGGGAAUCCUAUUUUGAUCCACAAUACUCGUUCGACAUCCAGUCAAAAUCCAAGCAGAUGAGCAGAAGCACCAGUCGGUUCUAUGUUCAUACGACGUCGGAUAAUAUUGAUCAGAUUCCUGAACAGACACGGCUUUCGAGCUCUGGGUUCUAUCAAUGUGGGGUCGCGCCGUGCUCUAGAAUAUUUUCUGCUGCACCCACGCCUACCUUGCCUAGCAUCGGACAUUUGGAGUUUGAAGAGCCAGAAUACCGACCGAUGACUUCUGAAGAGAAGAAACAGGUCGAUAGGAUGGAAUUGCUCAAUCUGAUCCGACAACAAGGGUUUAAGGACGAGAAUGAUAUUGUACGACACCCUGUAAAAGGGUUUAUAAAAGCAGAGAAAUGGCCGAAGCAUUUGCGGGACCGGGCUGGGAAAUGGAAAGACGAGGUACUGGUGUCUACUGAAGAUUUAUCAGAGAAUGUUGCACAAGGGCCGAGUAGAAGAUGGUCACUUCCCUGUCGACCGUCAUUUCUGUAUUUCAUCCUUGGGUUCUUCUGUCCGCUUGUCUGGGCCUUUGGGGCUGUUCAUACGCCGACUGCACAUGCUGGUCAGACUUCGGUGGACAAGCGUGCGGACAUGAUGUGGAAGUACAGGUGUAGGAAUGCGUUUAUUCUGCUGUGUGUGAUACUUGUUGUAGGCCUUAUUCUUGGCAUAAUUCUCUGGCCAGAUAAUAACUAA